AUUUGUCUGUUUGUUCUGUUUCAUAUCUUAUGCUAAUUAGAUUUUUUUGCGUGUUUCUUCCGUUGCGUUCUAGGUUUUCUGUUAUUGAUACAUUAUGAUAUGAUUUCUCUUUUCGCUAAUAACCUUUUUCCCCAAGUCUUUUAUGUGUCUCUUAAAAUACAAAAUAUUGUUCAGAUCUAUUAGAUAUUUAUUUCCUUUUGUAGUCAUUCUUGUUGUUUUGUUAAAUAAGUUCUUAACAUUAUCAAAUAGUUGCAUAUGAUGUGUAACAUGUGGUCAAGAUUUAUUAACUUCUGAGGUAAGGAUAUGAGAUUAAAUAACGGCGAGUAAUGAUCUUAUAGAGUUAAAAAUCAGGAUCAGUCAACUUUAGAAGAAUGGGUAAUAACACCACUGUAUAGUGCUCGAACACGUGACUUGCCGUCAGCCAGCAACACAUACACAGAUCUAGAUUAAUUCUUCAUGCCUGGUCUAACUUCACGACCCUUUGUAGCUUGGUCAUUCAGUCUUGUUUGGAUAUAUGGAUUGUACAAAGGAGAGAGAGUUCUUAAUGGACCGACUAUUAACAAGGAUCGUAAUUACAUAACAACUGCUCCUCCCCUUCUCAGUCUUUAAGUGCCAGCUGGAUGUAAUGCCGAUCCAGUAAAUUAUUUUGGAAAUGAGCAUAUUACUCCUAUUAUUCGGCCAAGCAAACGAGGCAGGGAAAUGGAAGAUAUCUCAAGGCAGCAAAAACUUCAGAUAUCCUUGAAUUAUAAUCCCUGUCAAGAUGAAGCUGAUCGUUCAGCAAGCAUUCCAAACGCAUACCCGGUAUCGACAGGGCUAAGGCUAUCAUAUGAUGAUGAUGAGCGUAACUCAUCAGUUACUUCUGCUAGUGGAAGUAUGACGGCUACACCUUCAAUCAUCUUGUCCCUUGGUGAAAAUAUUAGGACUGAGCUUGAUAGGCAGAAAGAAGAGUUUGACCAUUUUAUCAAAAUUCAGGAGGAACAGUUAGCAAAGGGGGUGAGGGACAUGAAGCAGAAACACAUUGCUUCUUUCCUUGCUGCUAUGGAGAAAGGUGUAAGCAAAAAGCUACGGGAGAAAGACAUUGAGAUAGAGAACAUGAACCGUAAGAACAGGGAACUGGUAGAGAGAAUAAAGCAGGUGGCAAUGGAAGCCCAGAAUUGGCACUAUAGAGCAAAGUACAAUGAAUCAAUUGUUAAUGUCUUGAAGAGCAACCUCCAGCAGGCAAUUUCACAGGGUGCUGAACAAGGUAAGGAAGGAUUCGGAGACAGUGAAGUCGAUGACACUGCCUCGUAUAUCGACCCAAACAACUUCCUGAGCAUUCCAGGUGGACCUGCAAAAUCAUUUCCCAGGAAUAACCUAGGGUUGAAAGAGCACGUGGCUUGUAGAGCAUGCAGGGCAAAGGAGGUCUCCAUGUUGUUGAUGCCUUGUCGGCACCUGUGUUUAUGCAAGGACUGUGAGGGGUUGGUUAGUGUUUGUCCUGUAUGCCAGUUGAUGAAAACUGGCAGUGUCCAAGUGUAUCUGUCCUAAUUUAUGAAGCAUACUUCCAUACAAAAUGAAAAAUCAUUCACUCUUCUUAAAUGUAUAUCUCAAAAUUUAUUAAUCAUGAAAAGGAAACCGUGUGAUUUAUGUA